GUUUGUUGCCCUCAGGACUGUUUCUGUGCUCUCCGUAGGAGUCGCGUGUGGGCUGAGCCGUGUCUGAUUGAGGCCGCCAAGAAGGAGUACGAUGGGGUCAUUGAAGAGUUCCUGGUGGUCGGGGAGAAGCUCUUUGGGCCGUACGUGUGGGGCAGAUACGACGUUCUCUUCAUGCCGCCCUCUUUCCCCUUCGGCGGGAUGGAGAACCCCUGCAUCACCUUCGUGACCCCCUGCCUCUUGGCUGGAGACCGCUCCCUGGUGGACGUCAUCAUCCACGAGAUCUCCCACAGCUGGUUCGGCAACCUGGUCACCAACGCCAACUGGGGCGAGUUCUGGCUGAACGAGGGCUUCACCAUGUUCGCGCAGAGGCGGAUCUCCACGGUCGUCUACGGUGCCGCUUACACCUGCCUGGAGGCUGCCACGGGAAGGGCCCUGCUGCGCCAGCACAUGGACAACACCGGAGAAGAUCACCCCCUCAACAAGCUCCGGGUGAAAAUCGAGCCAGGUGUUAAUCCUGAUGACACGUACAACGAAACCCCCUACGAGAAAGGCUACUGCUUCGUGUCCUACCUGGCGCACCUUGUGGGAGACCAGAGCACAUUUGAUGCUUUCUUGCAGGCCUACGUGAAUCGGUUCAAAUUUCAGAGCAUCACGGCCGACGAUGCCCUGGAGUUCUUUCUGGAGCACUUCCCGGAGCUGAAGAAGAAAGGUGUGGCCACAAUUCCAGGCUUUGAGUUCGAUCGGUGGCUCAACACGCCCGGCUGGCCCCCUUACCUGCCUGACCUGUCCCCGGGAGAGACACUGGCAGAGCUCUGGGCAGCCAGCCCCCUGAACCUGGAGGCCAUCAAAGCUGUGGACAUCGCUGCCUGGAAAACCUACCAGCUCAUCUUCUUUCUGGACAAGAUCCUGCAGAAAUCCCCUUUGCCAGGCGGGAACGUGGAGAAGCUGAGCGAGACGUACCCGAAGAUCUCCUGCGCGCAGAACGCCGAGCUGCGCCUCCGCUGGUGCCAGAUCGUCCUCAAGAACAAUCUCGAAGCUGAGUUUGGCAAAGUCAAGGACUUCCUCCACAGCCAGGGGAAGCAGAAAUACACCCUCCCCCUCUACCGAGCCAUGUGGAGCGGGUCCAAGUCUGCCCGAGCCCUGGCCGUGGAGACUUUCUCGGCCACGGCCGCUCAGCUGCACGUCAACGUCCGGAACUACGUCAAGAAGAUCCUGGAUGCGGCGCCUGUGGGCAGCUAGUGGCUCGUCCCGGAGAGAGGCAGCCCGCUCCGGCAACUCAGCAGGCUUCUCCUCGGUGGCUGGGCCUGCCUCAGACUCCCUCCCCUGGUGGCCCCUCACUCUCAGGCCCAGGCUCGGUUUUAUUAAAGGCUUUUCCAUUUGUA